AUGCAAGAGCAGCAAAUACCAACUUCACCACAUUCCAUUGAUGCAAGUCAAGAACAUGUGGAGAGUCCAAGAAGAGAAGAAGAUUGGGCACUUGUAAGCUUUGUUGGAGAACAAAUCCAAGACCCAAGAAAGUGCAAGAAGGCAAUGGAGAAGAGUAGUGAGUACUCAAUCACCAAGGAGUUCCUCUCCACAGUAGCUCUUGCCUUUCCCAACCACAAUGGAGACCAACCAGCUGGUGAUGGACUCCUACUCUUCAAGAUAGGCGAUGCCAAUGGGCGCAUCUCCAUCUCAGCUCUAUGCCAACUCUUUGGACUUCCCAAUGAGACAGCACAUGACUUCAAGGAGAACUCAAAGAGGAAACAAGCUGCCUUUGCUGAUUGGACACACUUUGCCAAUGAACCAUUCUUGCCUUCAAGAUCAAAGGUGUCUAGAAUCACUCAUCCAGCCAUUCGCUAUGUGCACCGCCUCAUCUCCACCACUUUCCAAUGCAAACAAGAAGCCAACAAGGUCACAACUGAUGAGUUCUACAUCCUCACCACACCAUUCAUCAAGCAUGAGUACAAGGCCAACCUUGGCCUCUUGCUUGCCAAGACAUUCAUCAAUGUGAGGAAUCUAGCUCAAGACUUGGAAGGCAACAAGAAGCUUUGUGUUCGUUUUGGGAGGCUUAUCACGGCCAUAGUGCAACAUGUGGGGAUUGACAUUCCCAACUAUGAGCCACUACCCAAGCCAACCCUUUGGAUCUCCAUGCUCUUCAGCAAUCCACUUCCUAAACCGUUGGAAAACAAAACGGACAGAUACGAUUUUAGCCGAUCGGGAAACAUUCGUUUCUCGGCCGGCCGCUCUGCAUGGCUUGGCCGCAGUUUCGCGAUAGAGCCACCUGGACCAGUCUUCACUCUUUUGGUUAUAACUCCUUCUCUACUCAUCCAAAUGAGGUCGUUCCAGUUUGCGUUGGAAAGUUAA